GUGGGCCGUCGAUUAUCCAGAGCUCGAAACAGAGGAACCUUACAAAACCCUAAAGCCUUCUCAUUCUAUGCGCUAAGAGCUCCGCAGCCGCGAUCCCAACGUAGGAACUUCUGGAACACAAAUAUGAGUAGCGAAGGAGUCAAGGGAGGCCCGGUUGUUCCGGAGUCCGUGUUGAAGAAGCGCAAGAGGAACGAGGAAUGGGCUCUGGCUGAGAAGAAAGGUCUAGAGGCGGCGAAGAAGAAGAAUGCUGAGAACCGGAAGUUGAUCUUUAACAGGGCUAAACUCUAUGCAAAGGAAUAUGAUGAGCAGCAGAAAGAGUUGGUUCGCUUGAAGCGCGAGGCUAGACUCAAGGGAGGAUUUUACGUAGAUCCUGAGGCCAAACUUCUGUUUAUCAUCAGGAUCCGAGGUAUCAAUGCUAUUGACCCCAAGACCAAGAAGAUUCUUCAGCUUCUGCGUUUGAGACAGAUUUUCAAUGGUGUCUUUUUGAAAGUGAACAAGGCAACAUUGAACAUGUUGCACAGAGUGGAGCCUUAUGUCACUUAUGGCUAUCCAAAUUUGAAGAGCGUGAAAGAACUGAUUUACAAGAGAGGCUUUGGAAAACUCAACAAGCGAAGAACUCCUUUGACUGACAACUCCAUCAUCGAGCAGGCUCUUGGCAAGUUCGGAAUUAUUUGUGCAGAAGACCUCAUCCACGAGAUUUUGACAGUGGGACCCCAUUUCAAGGAGGCCAACAAUUUCCUCUGGCCAUUCAAACUGAAAGCUCCCCUUGGUGGUUUGAAGAAGAAGAGAAAUCAUUAUGUUGAAGGAGGUGACGCUGGAAACCGUGAAAACUACAUCAAUGAACUCAUCAGAAGGAUGAAUUAAGAUACUUUUGAGUUUGUUCGUGAGUUUCUGCUGGGCGCUGGGAAAAUAGUUCCAAUAGGUCUGUCAUUUGAAGUUUCGUUUUUGGAAUCUCAGAAUGUUUUGGUAUUUCAUUAGUGUACUUCUAUCUUCGGAAUUUUUAUCUUUGAGAAUGAUUUAAAUUUUGGUUAUAUUAAUCAGAGAUUUUUCUAAAAUUUCAGUUC